AUGCCAUCUUUCAGGCAGAAAUUCUCUGGGUUCUUUAGGCAAUUUUCAGCGCCAUCAGAGUCCAGGAAUGACGAGAACGCUUCGAAUCGUUUCAUUAAAAAAUAUCUUACUGGCCAUGAAGUCCAAAAAUACGAACCAAUUAUUUUGCACGGGAGAACUCCGCAGGAAGUGCCACCCCAACAAUUAGGUGGCAUUAAAAGUUACGAAGUGGUAUCAUCGUUGACUGGACCACACGGUGGCCUUAUUUCUGUUAAUCAAACAGAAAAACAUUUGUCGGCAAGUGACCCAGAAAUUAAUUUUAUUGAUAAUCUUGAAGACGAUAGCCAUAAUGGGGAAAAGAAAGUCAAUGUGUCUACUAAUGAUUCAACUGAUGAAACUUCGAAUGUAGAGUCUAAACAAAAUAUUUUAAAAAAGCUUAGACAUCCAUUGGUAGCUGGUGUUGAGAAUUGGAAUGUUCCACACACUAAUGCAUAUGGUGCCAGUUGUUCUUUAUAUGAAGUGCAUCCCAUAACACAUCGUCAUACGGGAGAUCCAAUUGCUGAUUGUUUUGCUAUUGUAACCAGAGCGAAUUCUGCAAUAAUGGUGUUGGCAGAUGGUGUUAACUGGGGUGUCAAGUCAAGGACAGCAGCUAGAUCUGCUGUCCAUGGUUGUGUUGACUAUUUAAACAAAACUAUAUUUACAGCGGAAAAAGAAUCGCCUAAAAAUACUACAGAUGUUCUUGUAACUUUACUGAGAUCUUUCCACGCUGCCCAUAAUAUGAUACUACAAGAAGAAGGAACUUUGACUACGCUUACAGCAAUUGUAGUACUUCCUUCUACUGUUGAUAAUCAUUACGUAGCUUGUUGUUGUAAUGUUGGUGACAGUUUGGGUUAUGUGUAUAGUUCCAAGUAUGGUGUAAGGGAACUUACUCAAGGCUCCCAUGAUGUUCACAGAAUGAGAGACAUGAGAGAUGUCAUGGGAGCUUUAGGUCCUGUUGAUGGACAUAAUCCAGAAUUGUCAAACUUGACUUUGUCCAUAACACAAGUUGAUUUGGAUGAUAUAGUUUUUAUUACUUCUGAUGGUGUAUCAGAUAAUUUAGAUCCUGUGGUUGGCCAUUUCACUGGACUUCCCAGCGUCGAAGCAUAUCAAAGACAUAAGCUUUCUCUUUUAAGAACAGAAGAUUUGAUUCGUAAUGGAGUGUCUGGCAAGGGACCUGCAGUAGAUACAGCCAAAGACUUAGUGACAUUGUUGUUGGACUUUGUAACCAGGUUAACUGCAGCUAAACGUCGUAUAUUAGAAGAUAUGGAAAUAUAUGCAGACGCUAAUGGAAAACCCUUAGCUCAAGGAGAAGUCAGACAAAAAAGAAAGGAAAUUAUUAGAAAAAUGUUUGGUGUGCCAGGUAAGUUAGAUCAUGCUACAGUUGUUGCAUUCAAAAUAAAUUCCGGUAAAUAG